AUGGGAUUGCAAGAGAUCUCUUUAAACAAACAAAAUGACCUAGUAAUGGUAAGAGGGACUAUGGACGUGGAAGUUCUGGUGAAAGCAUUGAAAAGGAAGCUCAAAAUAUUGGUCGAGAUUGCUGAAUCGAAGAAGGAAUGCCGCCGCCAGGAGAGUGGGAGUGUCAAUGUCAUUGGCAUUGGUGGUAGCGGUGACAAUGGCAGAGAUGGUGAGAAGAAAGAAAAAGGCGGUGGUGUGGAGUGGUGCAAAUUUGUCGAAUUUAUAGCUGACAUAUUUCAAAAAAUUACUGAAUUUGUCUUUGCUGCAUAA